AUGGGCAAUACAGAAAGCUCCAAAGUCGAUUUCCGCAAACUUGUUGUAGAAGAAACUUCAAAACCUUUAACAAAUGACGAAGAUUUGGAUUGGGAUAAACUUCUUCCAUUUAAUACAAUUAAUGAUUUAUUUAAUUUUUUGUCUGCUGCUGAUGUCAGAGGAUUGAGAGAUAUGCAUCCAAAUAUAAUUAAUUGUAUUCGUCUACUUAUACGUGUUAUUCCUUUCCUUUUUGAAGAGAGCGAAUGGCGAGCUUAUUUCUGGGCCCAAAUGCCCGAGAAAGAAGGAAAUACAGAAAAUCGGCCUCCUCUUGGAAGUUUGCUUUUAAAUGCACUUUCUCAUCUUUUAUUUUGUCCGAAUUUUACUGUUGGACUUCAAAUCAAAAGCCUUUCAAAAAUAGAUAGUUGUGAAUAUAUUUGGCAAUCUGGAGUUGGUUUUGCUGGGAAACCACCAUCCAGCGCUGUUUAUGAUGCAAAUAGAACAGAAAUAUUGAAACUUUUAUUAGUGUGUUUUUCGGAGAUUAUUUACAAUCGUGAGACAGGUAUCUUGUUAGAUUUCAAUCAUUUUUUACAUUUUGGCUCACUCGACAAUUACCUCACUCUUCCCAUCUACUCUAUUAUUAAUUUUUUAACUUUAGAAAUUUCAAAAAUUCGUUGGAUAACUUGUUUUACUUCGGCAGAGAAUCGUAACGUUCUCCCAAUUUUUACUUCUCUUUUAAAUAUAAUUUGUUCCUAUGAUCCUGUUGGGCUUGGAGUGCCAUACAAUUAUCUUUUAAUGACCGACUUUCGCGAACCUUUAGUUAAAGUUUCUCUACAAUUUUUGAUUGAUGGUUAUGCUGAAAAUUAUUUUAUUAAUUAUCUUUCAAGAAUUCAUAGAGAAGAAGAUUUUGAUUUUAUUUUGAAGGGUUUUACUCGUCUUUUAAACAAUCAAUUACAAGCUACUUAUUUCCCUAAAUCUUUAAAGAAAAUUGAAUUCCAUCAAGAACUUCUUGUUCUCCUUUGGAAAUGUUGUGAAUUUAAUCAGAAAUUUCUCUAUUUUAUUCUCAAAACUAGUGAUAUGCUUGACAUUCUCGUUCCUAUACUUUAUCAUUUAAACGACUCUCGUACAGACCCUUCACGUAUUGGACUUGUGCAUAUGAGUGUAUUUUUAAUUUUAUUGUUGAGUGGAGAAAGAAAUUUUGGUGUUCGUUUAAAUAAACCUUUCACUUCUCGUGGAAUUAUUGAUGUUCCUAUAUUUACUGGGACACAUGCUGAUCUUUUAAUUAUUGUUUUUCAUAAAUUAAUAACUAGUGGAAAUCAUAAAUUGCAAUCUCUAUUUGAUUGUUUGUUGACAAUUAUUUUUCGCCAUAUCUCAAAUCUUUGUCUAUGGUUACUGCUAAUAAAUUGGUUCAUUUGCACUCCUUGGUUUAUGUUUUCCUCUCCAACAAAUCACCAUUUAAUUUUCUUUAUUCUGGAAAUGUUUAAUAAUAUUAUUCAAUAUCAAUUUGAUGGUAAUUCUAAUUUAAUUUACACAAUAAUACGAAAACGACAUGUUUUCUAUCAAUUAAGUAAUAUUCAAACCGAUUCUGUUUCAAUAGCCCAAGGAUUACGAAAAGGUAAAAAGCCAGUUCCAAAGGAUUCAGAGGAAGAAUCUGCCGGGGAAAUUACACAAAUUGGUGAAAAGAAUGAAAUAAGAGCUCCAAUUGGUCCAACUUCAACACUCGCCCAAACUCCAGCAAUUGAUGUAAUGACAACAAAUUAUGAGGCUAAGGAAGGCAAAAAUGAACAGAAACAAAUUCCUAAAGAAAAGAAAGGAGAAAAUUCUAAAGAAAAAUUAGAAAAUGAAAAAAAGAAAGAUGAAGAAGAAGAGGAAUGGAUAGCUACCCCAGAAUGGGUAGAAUCUUGGAAGAGUAAAUUACCUUUGCAAACAAUAAUGCGUGUGUUACAAAUUUUGGUUCCUCAAGUAGAAAAAAUUUGUAUUGACAAAGGGUUAACUGACGAAAGCGAAAUUUUAAAAUUUUUACAACAUGGAACUCUUGUUGGACUUUUACCAGUACCUCAUCCAAUACUUAUUCGCAGAUACAUUGCUAAUGAAGGGACAAACAAUUGGUUUAGAACAUACACUUGGGGUGUUAUUUACUUAAGAAAUGUUGAUCCAGCUAUUUGGUAUGACACAGAAGUAAAUCUUUUUGAAAUUCAAAAUGCCUAA